GCCUCGUCGUCGAACGAAGCGGUGCACCUCCAGCAACGUCUGAGGAGCUUGAGCACGGAACUGGUGACCCUGAGGAACCGGCUGCACGUGAACCAGCCGCCGAACAAUUCAGGGCCGAACGGCGGUGCGUCGGCGCCCCUGUCGAAGAGCCCGGAAAAAGGCGGCGUUCCAUCGUCACCAGCGCCCGCUGUUCCACCGAGGACCACGCUACCGCUUUCCGGCACGCUGCCACACGGCCUCGGUCAUCCUUCGGGGCACACGUUGACGGCGUCCGCGAUCGUUCAUCCGCACGUCAAUCACGCCGGCGCGAACACGCUCAGCCACAACUCGACCGCGGCUAAUAAUUUAAUAUCCGGGUCAGCAUCGAUGUCUUCCGAAGGGUACCGCGGCUUCGUCAGGGCCUGCGACCUCCACGGCCUUGGACGACCUCAUUCAUCUGCCUGGGCCUCUGACGGAGGAUGCGGUGCUCAAGUGUCUGCAAGCUCGCUUCUGCGCCAAACAGUAUCACACGAACGUGGGACCCAUACUGGUCUGUAUCAAUCCAUAUACGGACGUCAGGAAUCCAUUGACCUUAACGAGCACCAGGGCCGUACCUCUGGCGCCUCAGUUGAACAAAGUCGUUCAGGAGGCCGUGCGACAGCAAUCGGAAACUGGAUACCCUCAGGCCAUCAUUCUUUCCGGAACUAGUGGUUCCGGAAAGACGUACGCCUCCAUGUUGUUACUUAGACAGUUGUUCGACGUGGCUGGUGGUGGUCCAGAAACGGACGCUUUCAAACAUUUGGCGGCAGCCUUCACAGUUCUUAGGUCCCUGGGAUCUGCAAAGACGGCCACCAACUCGGAGAGUUCUAGGAUAGGUCACUUUAUAGAGGUCCAGGUUACGGACGGUGCCCUGUACAGAACGAAGAUACACUGUUACUUCUUGGACCAAACUCGAGUUAUCAGGCCUCUACCGGACGAGAAGAACUAUCACAUAUUUUAUCAAAUGUUAGCUGGCUUGUCGCACGAGGAACGAGUCAAACUUAACUUGGAGGGGUAUAACUUGAAGAAUCUGAGGUAUCUACAGCAUGGAGACACUAGACAAGAUGAAGCUGAAGACGCCAUCAGAUUUCAAGCGUGGAAAGCCUGUUUGGGUGUGUUAGGUAUACCCUUCUUAGACGUGGUGCGAGUGUUGGCAGCGGUGUUGAUCCUGGGCAACGUCGGUUUCACGGAUCGGCCAGGAAUGGAGGUCGGUGUCAUUGGUGAGAACGAACUAGCUUCUGUCGCGGCUCUUCUAGGUGUGCCGCCGCCAGCGUUGCUCAGAGGUCUCACCUCGAGGACGCACAAUGCCCGUGGCCAGCUGGUGAAGUCGGUCUGCGACGCAAAUAUGUCUAACAUGACCAGGGACUCGCUGGCCAAAGCUCUGUACUGUCGUACCGUGGCUACGAUCGUCAGAAGGGCCAACAGCUUGAAGAGACUAGGCUCCACCCUUGGUACGUUGUCGUCGGACUCGAACGAGUCUGUCCAUAAUCAGGCCGAGGUGACCAGUCAACACGCGUCCACUAUUGGCAGCUCUGCGGGUGGCACCGGUUCCAGAAGCAUGACCGCGCUGAACAACGCGGUACGACACGCAACCGACGGAUUUAUCGGGAUUUUGGACAUGUUUGGAUUCGAGGAUCCAAAGCCAAGUCAGCUGGAACACUUGUGUAUCAAUCUGUGCGCGGAGACGAUGCAACACUUUUACAACACGCAUAUAUUCAAGAGCUCGAUCGAGAGCUGCCGCGACGAGGGUAUACGAUGCGACGUGGAGGUCGACUACGUCGAUAACGUGCCAUGCAUUGAUCUUAUCUCGUCUCUGAGGACCGGUCUAUUGAGUAUGCUGGACGUCGAGUGCUCGAUUCGCGGCACUGCUGAGAGCUACGUGGCGAAAGUGAAGGUUCAGCACAAACAGAAUCCACGGUUGUUCGAACCUAGGACCGUGGAUUGCAGGUCAUUUGGGAUUCAGCAUUUCGCUGGCAGAGUCACAUACGAUGCAUCUGAUUUUCUUGAUACCAACAAGGACGUAGUUCCCGACGAUCUGGUAGCUGUGUUCUACAAGCACACGUGCAGCUUUGGUUUCGCAACCCACCUGUUCGGCAGUGAGCUGAAAGCUCUCUACGCGAGUGAUACGGUACCCAGGGGUGUCAGCUUCAGGAUAUCACCUACAUCUCACACCGACUUGCUGAACGGGGACGAGCCGAUCUCCACGUUAACGCAGGACUUCCACACGAGGCUGGAUAAUCUCCUGAGGACGUUGGUCCACGCGAGGCCCCACUUUGUCAGAUGCAUUAGGAGCAACGGUACCGAGACGCCGCUUCACUUAGACAGAGGCGUGACUAUGCGUCAGAUACGAUCCCUUCAGGUUCUCGAGACGGUGAAUCUAAUGGCCGGCGGUUAUCCGCAUCGAAUGCGUUUCAAGGCGUUCAACGCGAGAUACAGGCUGAUCGCGCCGUUCAAGCAAUUGCGCCGCGCCGAGGAGCAAGCGGUCGAGGACACGAAGCUGAUCUUGCAGAACGCCCAGCAACUGAAGAGCAAAUUCGGCGCGAGCACCAGCUGGGCGCUCGGCAAGAGGCACAUCUUCCUUAGCGAGGGCAUUAGGCAACAGCUCGAGAACUUACGCUCGGAAACGCGCAGGAAAGCCGCCACCGCAAUACAGUCGACGUGGAGAGGUUGGCGAGUGCGAAGAAGGUGGCCCCUGAGAAAGACCACCAUAGGUGUUACAUCCGGUAUCGGCCAGAAAAAGCCGCAACAGCCAACGUCCACAAAUACGGGAACUGUUCAAAGGAACGUUACGACGGCCGCAGGUACCGGAACCGGAACGCGACCGAGGCCUCAACCAAUCGCUGGCACGCCACCUCCCGAUCCAUCGGAGAAAUGUGCAGACCAAAAGAUGAUCCAGCAAACGUGCACCCUGUUCGGACUGGAUUUGGAACGACCGCCUCCGGUACCGCCCAGCAGAUCAUACACCGUGACUGGAAACACAAAGUUGGGCUAUCCGCAGACUAGAAUCAUGAAAAUGCCCUUCCCAGAAGAGGGUGAAGGGGAGAUGGUCCUCCUGAAGGGUGAGACGGUUCUGGUCGUGGGUGCGUCUCCCAGGCGUGGUCACCUGCUGGUGGAGCACAACAACACCACCCUACACGUGCCCUAUCAGUUUAUGGAGCUGAAGCCAUGUAAUAUUAACAUC